AUGCCUGGUGCAUACCCUCGGAAGGCUGAUGAAUAUAUUUGUACGCGAAUUCCACUCCCAGAUUUCAAAUAUUAUCCUGGCUACGUUACUGCAUUUAAGCCCAUCGUUAAUGCUUCCGUUCAUCAUAUUAUACUGAGUUCCUGUGGCACUUGGUUAGGAGGUGAAGAAGCCAGUCGUCCUGGUCCUUGUGAUGGCCAAUGCAGAACCCACAUCUUGUAUGCCUGGGCACACAACGGCGCGCCCCUCGUUCUUCCUGAGAGGACUGCUUUUGAAAUUGGACGCACCACUCCAAUUAAAUCUCUUUCAAUGGAAGUCCACUACAGUCGUUAUGAGGAAAAUCCUGAUUACGCUACCAUCGAGCUCACCUACACUCUCCAACCCCAACCGAAUCGUGCCGGCAUUAUUCUUCUGUACAAUGAUGAGGCCACUAUUCCUCCACACGCUCAACAUUUUCCGACAAAUAUUUCCUGCAGACUGCGCACAGAGGUUCCAAUCCAUGUUUUUGGAAUCCGAACUCAUGCACACGACCUAAACAGAGGGGUGUACGGGUACUACUUCCGUCCCCGGGACGGUCGUUACCAGCUGAUGGCUAAGGGCAAUGCUCAUUGGCCCCAGACCUUUUACAGACCCUCGCAACUCUCUGCUGGUGACGAUUUUAUUCGUCUACAGAAUAAAGACAUCUUAAUGGGUCGAUGUGUCUACGACUCAACUGCUCGCGACACACCGACCUCCAUGGGGUCCACUCAUAUGGAUGAGAUGUGCAACCUCUAUCUAAUGUAUAUGAUAGAUUCGCAUUUCAAACUGCCAGUUGAGUCUGAGAUGUGCGCUGAUGAGAUGGUUUCUGGAGCGUGGGACAACGCACCUACUGAAUCGCUGGAAUACGUCACCAGCACUCCUCCGGCCAAAGUUCCGGAGCCAUCGGCACCCUCUCUUCCUCGUUCAAUCGACUUUCUGCCCGAUAAUGAGUGGUUCAUUAAGGGCACUCGUCUGGGAAGUGUGUCAGGAAUAGCUCUAGUUGACGACAGUAAGGGUAGAACUCACCUCUUCGUCCUUCGUCGUGGUGGAAACCCCUGGAACGAGAACUCAUUUGACGAAAGCUUCGAGUACAAUGAGCCUGAUGCCACUUAUGUACCCUCGCCAAUUCUUCACUUAGACGCGCAUUCGGGACAGUUGUUUGAAGCAUUUGGCGAUGACCUCCUCAUCCUGCCUCACGGUAUCUCCAUCGCCAAAGACGUGGCUGGCAAACCAAUCGCCCUAUUCGUCACUGACCUUGCGCGUCAUCAGGUAAUAAAGUUUGCAUGGAAUGAGUGGAAUAAACCCGCUCUGAUACUUGGACGAAGAAAUAAGACGGGAAAUGAUGAGACGUCCUUCUGCAAACCUUCUGAUGUCGCUGUCGCUAGUACGGGCGAGAUAUUCGUGGCGGACGGUUACUGCAACCAGCGUGUGGUGAAGUUCUCGCCUAACGGUGAUUACAUGGCAGAAUGGGGCGUGGGAGGAGUUGACGAGACGGAAGGCUCCAGAAAAACCGGCUUUCUGGUGGCGCACAGUAUCACUGUUGUGCCCGCCUCGGCUGAGGGCGCGGGCGGUGUGGAGCAGGUCUGCGUUGCCGAUCGCGAGCGCGCGCAAAUUGACUGCUACGACCUCAGCGGCCGACGUCUCGUUCAGUAUGGCGGCAGCAUUCUCAAGCCCUCCGUCUACGCGAUCGCCUUCAGCCCCGCCUACAACCUGAUGUUUGGUGUCACCGGACCGGCGGAUGCGACUCCGGCCACAAUAGCGCGCCUUCAGGCGAUUCUGGACGUGAGAGAGGAGGAUGUGGAGAGCACGAACAACAGUGCCUUCGUUUUCCGUCCUCUCCUCGGUGCUCAAGUCACCAAUGCCAGUCAACACAUCUUCAGGGCAAUCAACGGUCGCAAUCACCUCCUUCAUCUGGACCUACGAAGUCCUCACGACGUUGAAGUCAGCCAGGACGGCUCGAUGCUCUUCGUAGCCCAGCUGAGAGCCCCCUAUCUGCUGAAAACCGACAUCGUCGAGUCAGCCAAAAAGAGCGAGGGUGGAAAGAAGAUGACAAGGAGUGACGAAGGUAAAGCAGCCUUUCCCGCCUAUGCCUUGACAAAUCGAACCCUUACUCAGAAGGUAUUCAUCAUCAGCACCAUUGUCACGCUCUGCACAGUGGUGACGAUCAUAGCGCUCAUCCUCAUCCGCAGUCGCAAGAGUCAACCCUGGGCUUGGCGCAAACCCGCCCACCUUCAGCAACGAACUGGCCAUCGGCGGGGCAAGUGGAAGCGCUACGAUGGCUUUCGACCUCUCCAAGAGGACGAGCUUCGUGGCCUGGGAUCUGCACUUGACGAGGAUGAUGUCGAAGAAGCAGCGGUGGCGGAGGCGGCGGAUUCGGAUACCAUAAUAGACAUUCGAAAUUUCGGUCUGCUCGAGUCGCAACAACACUUUUCCGGGUCAUCAGUGCAUUCACAUUCUCAGACAAGAAAAAACGACUCUAAUUCCGCUUCUAGUCAUCAUGUUGAUACCUAG